UUAUACCACUAUCUAUAUCUUUUGUCAGACUAUUUUCUAUAUCUAAAUACACACCAACCAGUCCCAAUAUGGCUCCAUGUUUUAACGGGAAAAAAUUACAACUAUUUUCAGUCAUUUGAAAGAAUGACUAGGAAACAAUAGAAACCAAAUCCACCUCACAUCUCCAUUUCAUUCUUAUUCCAUUCUUAUCAUAAUAAUAUCUCGACUGCCUCAAUAAAAAGAAAAAGUAAAGUGAAAUUUUUACUUGGAUAUAUAUUCUUCUCUCUUUUUAUUCUUUGCCCACUCUUCUCCCCUUUCUUUUUCUUUAAUUAUAUAGAGUAUGUAUAUCCUCUAGCUAAAACCACCUACUCCACUUUGAAUCUUUUGCUUUGAACCAUUCAACAGAAUAUCACUUGAAAAAAAGGUACACUAUUCUUGAACAUUUUAUUCUUUAACUUUGAUGUGGGUCGGCCGUUGGUUAAAUGGAUACUUUGUUUAGAUUAGUUAGCCUUCAACAACAACAACAACAACAAUCUGAUCAGUCCUUUAACUCCAGUAGAACUUCAAGCAGUUCUAGAUCUUCUAAUAAACAAAAUACCUACAAUUACCCUCCUCAUCAUAAUCAAGAAGACGAAGAAUGCUUCAACUUUUUCAUGGAUGAAGAUGACUUCUCUUCUAAUUCCUCUUCUAAACACAACAACUACCCUCCUCCUUAUCAUUACCAACAACAACAACAACAAUUUUCCAACACUCCUACACCGACAACCACUAGCAGUACUCCAACACAAUCUCAUCAGUACUAUGAUCAGUUCUCUCCAGCACGUGACUUAAACCUCGAAUUUGGUUCUUCAUUUUCGGGCAAGUGGGCAACGGAUAUCCUUCUAGAAACUUCCCGUGCCAUUGCUGAUAAGAAUAGCACACGUGUCCAGCAGCUGAUGUGGAUGUUGAAUGAGCUGAGUUCUCCCUAUGGUGACACGGAACAAAAAUUGGCUUCUUAUUUUUUGCAGGCUUUGUUUAAUCGCAUGACGGAUUCUGGCGAACGUUGUUAUAGGACGUUGGUGUCUGCUUCUGAUAAAACAUGUUCUUUCGAGUCAACGAGGAAAUUGGUUUUGAAAUUCCAGGAAGUUAGCCCGUGGACAACUUUUGGUCACGUUGCGUCCAAUGGUGCAAUUAUGGAAGCGUUCGAAGGUGAAAGUAAGUUGCAUAUAGUUGAUAUUAGCAACACUUAUUGUACUCAAUGGCCAACUUUGCUUGAAGCUCUUGCUACUCGUACUGAUGAAACUCCUCAUCUCCGGCUCACCACCGUGGUCGUUGGUGGCGCCACCGGAGGAACGGCGGCUGUGCAAAAGGUUAUGAAAGAGAUCGGUAGUAGAAUGGAAAAAUUUGCUAGGCUUAUGGGUGUGCCAUUUAAGUUUAAUGUCAUACAUCAUAUGGGAAAUUUAUCUGAAUUGGAUAUUGGUGCCUUAGAUAUUAAAGAAGAUGAAGCGCUAGCAAUUAAUUGUAUUGGCGCGUUACAUUCCGUUUCGCCAACUGGAAACCGGAGGGAUUAUUUGAUAUCAUUGUUUAGGAGAUUACAGCCUAGGAUUGUAACUAUUGUGGAAGAAGAAGCUGAUCUUGAUGUGGGAGUUGAUGGUUUUGAUUUCGUUAAGGGUUUUCAAGAAUGUUUGAGAUGGAUUAGGGUUUAUUUUGAAUCAUUAGACGAGAGCUUCCCUAAGACAAGUAACGAACGUUUGAUGCUAGAGAGACAAGCAGGACGGUCCAUUGUUGAUUUACUGGCUUGCCCUCCAUCAGAGUCAAUGGAGAGGCGGGAAACAGGGGCAAAAUGGUCACAUCGUUUGCAUGCAGGAGGUUUUAGUCCGAUUUUAUAUAGUGAUGAAGUUUGUGAUGAUGUGAGGGCUCUGUUGAGGAGGUAUAAAGAGGGGUGGACAAUGACACAGUGCGGAGGAGAUUCCGCCGGAAUAUUCUUGUCGUGGAAGGAACAGUCGGUGGUGUGGGCCAGUGCAUGGAAGCCUUAGAUCAACAAUGGGUGGUGUUGGGUGGUGAGUCGCCAUCUUAGAUAGCUCCCUAUUGCUCUCUCACUUUUGUUAGUGGAUUUGUUUGGAGUGGAUGGAAUCAAGAAAGGUACCUUUGGCUUUUUUUUUUUUUUAUUUUAAAUGAUGAAUAGAAUUUUUGAACUUUAAUUAGUAGUAACAUACUAAUUCUCUCGGAUGGUGAUUAACCUUUUGUUAACAUUGGUGAUUGAUUUCGGCAUUCAAGCAAAGAGAAUUUGGUUUUCCAAUUAAGUUA